AGACGUUAUCUAGCGACUACAUUCAUUCUCAAUCAUCUCCAUCAUGGUUGCUUCUUCAUCGCUCCGAUAAUAAUAUCCGAAUCUUGUGACCAAUCUCUAUAAACUUUGAGUAAUAAUACUCAACAACAAUCUUAUCCACAUUUUUACCAGACUAUUGUUAGCAUCUAAGUUGUCAGUCAAUGUUUAUUACGCAAACAGAUCCACAUGUCAACAUCUCUCAGCAACACACGUUACAAUUUAUUGACUUAGUCUGUUGUCACCCAUUAUAGAAUCGUCAUCAUAAAAAAUAAAAACGUUGCUUCACCUGCAAAUGAGCUCACAUCACCAUUUAAAUCCUCCUUCAGGGGAGGUUGUCCAUAUCAAUCAACUGUCCGAGAAUAUUGGAUCUCUCUAUCUCUCUGAUGAUUAUUUUGACGUCACAUUAAUCGUUGCUGGUCAAAGAUUUAAUGGUCAUAAGCUGAUUCUUGCUGCUCGUAGUCAGUAUUUUCGUGCACUUUUGUACGGAGGUUUACGUGAAUCAGAGCAAACUGAGAUUGAGUUAAAAGAAACGACUUUGCCAGCUUUCAAAGAACUUCUCAAGUAUAUUUACACUGGACAUUUGUCUCUUGUUAAUCAACGCGAAGAGACUAUUUUAGAUAUUUUAAGUCUAGCUCAUCAAUAUGGAUUCGUUGAUUUAGAAAUGGCAAUAUCUGAUUAUCUCAAAGAAAUUUUAGAUAUUAAAAAUGUAUGUCUUAUUUUUGAUGCUACUCGUUUAUAUCAGCUCAGUAGGUUAACUAAAGUUUGUUAUGAAUACAUGGAUACCCAUGCAAUAGAUAUUAUAAAACAUGACAGUUUUCUUCAAUUAAGUGCUGGCGCAUUACAUGAUUUAAUAUCCCGUGAUUCAUUUUAUGCACCUGAAAUAGAUAUAUUUCUUGCUGUGCAGUCAUGGGUCAAAGCAAAUCCUGAUGUUGAUGCUAAUCAAGUUUUAGGCCAAGUGAGAUUGUGUUUGAUAUCAAUUACGGAUUUAUUGAAUGUCGUACGGCCUACGGGUCUUGUUACACCUGAAGCUAUUUUAGAUGCGAUAGCUGCACGCACCCACACACGCGACUCAGAGCUCAAUUACCGCGGACGAUUGUUGGUUGACGAAAAUGUUGCUCAUCCCGAUUACGAUGCUGACGUAUUGCAAGGAGAAAUGAGAAGUUUUCUUCUCGACGGUGAUACUCAUAGUUACGAUAUGGAGCAAGGAUACACGAGACACGUUAUUAAUGACCCAAAAGAUCAUGGUAUUGUUAUUAAAUUAGGGACACCAAGUAUUAUUAAUCAUAUUAAAAUGCUACUGUGGGAUCGUGACUUACGUUCAUAUUCUUAUUAUAUUGAAGUUUCUAAUGAUCAAAAAGAUUGGGUAAAAUUGAUUGACUAUUCAGAUUAUUUUUGUCGUAGCUGGCAGUACCUUUAUUUUGAACCACGAGUUGUAUAUUUUAUUCGUAUUCUUGGAACCAAUAACACCGUUAAUAAGGUAUUUCACGUAGUAAGCUUUGAAGCUUAUUACACAAAUCAUACAGAAAAUUUAUCAAUGGGUUUUAUAAUUCCCACUCUAAAUGUUGCCACAAUGGAUCGGAGUGCUUGUGUAAUUGAAGGAGUAAGUCGUUCACGUAAUGCAUUAUUGAAUGGUCAAACUUCGAACUACGAUUGGGAUAUCGGUUACACGUGUCAUCAAAUAGGGUCUGGAGUUAUUUUAGUUCAACUAGGACAGCCCUACAUCAUCGAUUCAAUGCGAUUAUUAUUAUGGGACUGCGAUGACCGAUCGUACUCGUACUACAUCGAAGUAUCAGGAAACUCAAGAAAUUGGGAGCGCGUUAUUGAUAAGAGUGAAGAAAAUUGCCGUUCAUGGCAAACAUUGCGCUUCAGUCCACCACGUCGUGUUGUAUUUAUACGUAUUGUCGGUACGCAUAAUACAGCUAAUGAAGUGUUUCAUUGUGUCCACUUUGAGUGUCCAGCAAGACGAGGUGAACUUGAAGGAGACAAUCCGAAAUCACCGAACCGCAAAGGCAAACGACAAUCAACAAGCCAAUCAACAAAUACAACAGCAUUAACGGCAUCAUCAGUUGCCUCUGAAGUUCUCUCACCAGAAGCUUUUUUUAUUAAUCCUGAUGAUCCAUUUAAUGUUGCUGCUGCUGCUGCUGCUGCUGGUGUUGAGGGUGGUGUUGGGGGUGGUGUUGGUGGAGUAGUUAGAGCUGAUAGCUCUUUGGAUUUGUUACAGUGAAAUUAUGAUGAUAAUAUCGUAUACCUAUGGCUGUUUGAAUGAUAUUUUUUUAUAGAUAUUUUAAUAUUUAAUCAUUUAUGUGUAUAUAUAUGUAUAUACACAUAGUAUUUAUUGGAGAGAUAAAAAAAAUUAAUUUUUGGAACAAUUUUAGACUCAUAGUUAUAGAGUUAUAUUUUUGAUCAAUCAGUAUUUCUUAAUAGUAAGUAAUAAGAAUAAGAAUUAAUUUUUUUUUCUCGAUAUUGAUACCUUUAUUAUUAAUACUGUUAUUAUUAUGAUGAUUAUUAUUAUUAUUAUAUACGUAUUUGGUAGUUAUUGAAGGCCAUUUAAAUGUUUUCUACCCAAAUUAUACGAAUUU